GCAGUCUCACCAAGGUUAGGUGUUCCACCAGCUCCUGUCAAAAAUAGCAUUUGGUCAAGUCCUUAUAUAAGAUAUGGUCUCCCACUAGGUUUGCUAGCUACAGCAGGAGCAGUUAUGAUGUUGAAAAGAAAUAAAGCAAAUGUUGUAAAUAAUACUGAAGUAGCUGAAGUUAAACAAACUCCGACACCUUCGCCAAAACCAACGUCAAAACCAACACCUUCACAAACAACACCUUCAAUGACUCCUGAACCUAUGGAAGUACAAACUCCUGUUCAAAAGUCAACUCCUAAACCGACUCCAACAUUUAAACCAGAACCUACUCCUCAAAUAAAUCGUAAAACUCCUGCGUUUCCUUACUGA